AUGCAUUUGUACAAUUUGACCCUACAACCGCCAACAGCGACUACGUGCGCAAUUGUUGGUAAUUUCUCUGGAGCGCGACAACAGGAGAUUAUAGUUUCGCAUGGGACUCGACUGGCACUUCUUCGACCUGAUGCGCAGACAGGAAAAGCUUCACUCGUCAUCGCGACAGACGUGUUUGGGUCCAUUCGUUCUUUGGCCGCAUUUCGUUUGACUGGAGGGACUAAGGACUACGCAAUAGUUGGAUCAGACUCUGGUCGUAUCGUCAUUCUUGACUACGACCCUAAAACGAGCAGCUUUGUCAAGCUACACCAAGAAACAUACGGCAAAUCGGGUGCUAGACGCAUCGUACCUGGUCAAUACCUCGCGACAGAUCCAAAAGGACGAAGCGUCAUGAUUGCUGCUAUGGAGAAAGCCAAACUUGUAUACAUUCUCAACAGAGACGCGGCUGCCAACCUCACUAUUUCGUCGCCACUCGAAGCCCACAAAAACUCCGCCAUCAUUCACCAUAUUGUUGGCCUCGAUGUUGGAUUUGAGAACCCGAUGUUUGCAGCUCUGGAGGUGGACUACACUGAGUCAGACCAGGAUCCAACUGGAGAGGCUUUCAAUAACGCGGAAAAGAUGCUUACCUAUUAUGAGCUUGAUCUUGGCCUGAAUCACGUCGUUCGAAAGUGGAGUGAACCCACAGAUCCUCGCGCCAACCUGCUUGUGCAGGUUCCCGGUGGUCAGCUCGCGUCUUCUGACAGAUUCGACGGUCCCUCCGGCGUGCUUGUGUGCUGUGAAGACCACAUUAUAUACCGUCAUUCCGAUGUUCCUCAGCAUCGAGUCCCCAUUCCACGACGCCGGAAUCCUUUAGAGGACCCAAAUAGAGGCCUUAUUAUUGUAGCUGCUGUCAUGCAUAAGAUGAAGGGUGCAUUCUUUUUCUUGCUGCAAAGUGAGGACGGCGAUCUGUACAAGGUUACCAUCGAACACGAGGAAGAGGAAGUGAAAGCUUUAAAAAUCAAGUAUUUUGAUACUGUGCCUGUUGCAUCAAGUUUGUGUAUUCUCAAGUCCGGUUUUCUUUUUGUUGCGAGUGAAUUUGGAAACCACUUCUUGUACCAAUUCCAAAAGUUAGGCGACGAUGACAAUGAACCUGAAUUUAGUUCUACUUCUUAUCCAUCUUUUGGUAUGGCUGACUCAAGCACUCCCUUGCCUCAGGCAUUCUUCCGCCCGCGACACUUAGAGAACUUGGCCAUUGCUGACGAGAUCGAAUCUCUGGACCCAAUAAUCGAUUCCAAAGUCCUGAACCUCCUUCCUAAUUCUGAUACCCCUCAAAUUUUCGCCGCAUGCGGCCGCGGUCCUAAAAGUACAUUCCGGACGCUCCGACACGGUCUUGAAGUGGAGGAGUCUGUGAGCUCAGAUCUUCCUGGUAUCCCUAAUGCCGUCUGGACAACAAAAAAGACAGAAGAUGACCCAUAUGACUCCUAUAUUAUUCUUUCUUUUGUCAAUGGUACCCUUGUACUCUCAAUCGGAGAGACCAUCGAAGAAGUGCAAGACACUGGAUUCCUCUCGGCCGCCCCAACGCUCGCCGUGCAGCAGAUCGGAGCAGAUGCGCUUCUCCAGGUACACCCACACGGUAUACGACACGUCCUUUCCGACCGGCGCGUCAACGAAUGGCGAGUACCACAGGGCAAGACCAUUGUCUGUGCCACAACCAAUAAGCGACAAGUCGUGGUUGCACUGAGCUCGGCCGAGCUGGUCUACUUUGAACUGGACCUUGACGGACAGUUGAACGAGUACCAGGAUCGGAAGGCUAUGGGUAGUACCGUUCUUGCUCUCAGCAUAGGAGAUGUCCCGGAAGGGCGACAGCGGACGCCCUACCUCGCAGUGGGAUGUGAAGAUCAGACCGUCCGUAUUAUAUCGUUGGACCCUGAGACAACGUUGGAAACUAUCAGUUUGCAAGCGUUGACCGCUCCACCCUCCGCUAUUUGCAUUGCAGACAUGCUGGAUGCUAGUAUCAACAAAGCACAACCAACCAUGUUCGUGAACAUUGGUUUGCAAAAUGGCGUUCUUUUGCGAACUGUUUUGGAUCCUAUCAACGGCCAGCUUACAGAUACACGGACUCGAUUCUUGGGCACGCGCCCUGUAAAACUCGUCCGUGUACAGAUACACAAAAACCCUGCCAUCCUUGCUCUUUCAUCACGUUCGUGGUUGAACUACACACAUCAGAAUUUGAUGCACUUUACCCCUCUUAUUUAUGAUAACCUCGAUUAUGCCUGGAGUUUCUCGGCUGAGUUAAGCCCUGAAGGUCUUAUUGGCAUUGCUGGGAGCGUUCUUCGCAUCUUCCAAGUACCGAAACUUGGCAUGAAACUGAAACAAGAUUCCAUUCCUCUCUCCUACACCCCGCGCAAAUUCAUCACCCAUCCCGAAAACAGUUACUUCUAUAUGAUUGAGGGCGACCACCGCGUUCUGAGUGAAGAUGCAACGCAAAAGAAGUUACAAGAACUGCGCCAGCAAGGCAAGCGGAUCGACGAGGAAGUCGUCAACCUCCCUCCAGAUCUUUUCGGGCGUCCCAAAGCGCCGGCAGGGACAUGGGGCUCAUGCAUCCGUAUCAUUGACCCCGUCGAGGGCAAGACAGUCAAUGUUAUCAAUUUGGAAGAUAACGAAGCGGCGUUUUCGCUGGCGAUAGUACCGUUCGCGGCGAGGGGUGGUGAAUUACACUUGGUCGUCGGCACGGCCGCUGAUACCCUUAUUGCUCCGAGGUCGUGUUCGAGUGGAUACCUGCGGACUUAUAAGUUUACAGAUAAUGGCACAGGUUUAGAGUUGCAGCAUAAAACUGAAGUUGACGACGUUCCUUUAGCAUUACUGGCUUUCCAAGGUCGGCUAGCUGCUGGUGUUGGAAAGGCUCUAAGAAUUUACGAUAUUGGUAAAAAGAAACUUCUCCGGAAGGUUGAAAAUAAGACUUUUACUACCGCCAUCGUGUCCCUCGCCACACAAGGAUCUCGCAUUAUUGUUGGCGAUAUGCAAGAAUCCAUUCAGUUUGCGGUGUACAAGGCCCCGGAAAACCGCCUGCUCACUUUCGCAGACGACACCCAACCACGAUGGGUAUCCGCCAUGACCAUGGUCGACUACAACACUGUCGUUGCCGGUGACCGCUUUGGCAAUGUCUUCGUCAACCGCCUCGAUCCCAAAGUCUCUGAUCAAGUUGAUGACGACCCCACAGGCGCGGGCAUCCUCCACGAAAAGGGCAUUCUCAUGGGUGCACCCCACAAGACGAAGAUGCUGGCCCAUUUCCAUGUCGGCGACCUCAUCACGUCGAUCCACAAAGUGUCGCUGGUGGCUGGAGGACGCGAAGUGCUGCUGUACACGGGUCUUCAUGGUACGAUAGGUAUACUCGUGCCGUUCGUGUCGAAAGAAGAUGUCGACUUUAUUUCAACGCUGGAGCAGCAUAUGCGGACUGAGCAGGGUCAGGCGAGCUUGGUGGGUCGUGACCAGCUUAGCUGGAGAGGAUACUACGUUCCUGUGAAGGCUGUAGUCGACGGCGACCUUUGCGAGACAUACGCCCGACUUCCUGGCACAAAACAACAGGCCAUUGCUGGAGAGUUGGAUAGGACUGUAGGAGAAGUGCUGAAAAAGCUAGAGCAGCUGAGAGUGACAGCGAGCGGAUUUUAA